CGCGUGGAGAAGAUUGACAUCGACUGCGAGUCGGCGUGCGGUGCCUCUUUCGUUUCUUCGUCGAGCUGUUGGCGCGCCAAGUCUUCCGCUUGCCGUUCCAAUCACGAUGACGUCAACGGGUAUUCGCCGCGGCGGGCACGUGGCAGCCCUGUUGGUGUGCACGCUUGUUGCGCUGGCGGCUUGGGAGGCUGAAGCACGACCAGUCGCACCACCCCCUGCGCCCGUCUCUCUGCACGCUCUCUCUCGCGCUUGCGCCGCUUACACGGGCAACUGCAACCAGAGCGCAGCGUGCGCUGCAGCCAUCGCAAAGUAUAGAGAGCAGGUGUACAAGGUCGCCGAUUACUGCGACUGCGCGAACGCGAUUGGCGCCGACUUGAUUCAAGCGUAUCCGAAUGUGAGCGCGGCCGUGACCUACAUCUCGAACUGCAUGCCCGGAUGCAUCUACGGCCAGCAGUGCCCCUUCGUCGGCACUCUCGUCGCUGUUCUGAGCAACGGCGGCGGGCGGGGAGCGAUGAAAAACGCCGGCUUGUCAGGCGUGGCGGUGGUGAAGCUGAAUCUGGAGAAGGAGGAGGUCUGCUUCGACGUGACUGCGCCUAAGCUGACGGGCAACUAUAGCGCAAAGGGUCUGGAAGUGACAAUCAAGCAGGGCAGUCCGUUCGAGGGGGGGGCGAUUGCCCUCUCUCUGUCCAAGGCAACCCCCGGAGUUCUCUCUGGAUGCAUGAAGCCGGCCAACUUUGACGUGGCAAAGGACAUCGCCUACUCUCCGCACGAAUACUACGUGGAAGUUGCAAUGAAGUGUCUCUCCGUCGGAGCUCUGAGAGGGAGCCUCGGUACCUCUGCUGCGCUCAUGGCCGUCGUCUCUUCUCAGCCAUGCGGACCCGCCGCUCCCUCCUCCCCCAAGCCUGUCAAGAAGGGGUACGUGAGUCUGGUCCUAGACACCUUCCGUCUGUGCUACAAGCUCGGAGGCAUUGCUAACAACACCGCAAAGGAUGCUGCGUUGAUCAGGGGCGAUGUGUGCAAGAAUGCCGCCGCCGCUGCUGCUGCUGCUUCUGCUGCUCCAGCAGCUAUUGGGACAAAGAACUCCACCGUCGUUGCUCCGCUGUUUGGAGGAUCGACCACCAUAUCUCCGGCGAUGGCCGGAUGCGGGACGCCGGCGAAGCUCACCAUCCUCCAGAUCUUGGCAGAUCCGAGCUCCUUCUUUGCCAGCCUUAACGUCAGCGACGGCGCGGCUGCCUCCUCUCCCAUCCACAAGCUUGAAGGACGACUGCUUAGCAAAGUGUCCCUAACGACGACCGUCACGGCGGCUGACGUCGUCGUCGUGCCUUAUCGCAAAACGAAGAAGCCGAAGGGUACUACCGGUAGCAGUGAGGCUGCUGUCAAGGUCGAUCUGGUGAUCGGUGAAGGGUACGCGUGCUACUCCUUCAAACCGGGAAAGAGCUUUGAGCAAGUAACGGCAGCUUAUCUCCGGGCAGGCAAGGCGAAAACCGUCGGAGACAUUCUCGCUGUGCUCUUCCGUGAUGUCGCUAAACCUCCGACGACAGGAUGCGUCUGGCUCGACAGCGAAGUCAUCGCCGACAUGGCCGCUGACCCCUCCGCGUACUACGUCAGCAUCGCUACCAAGCACCGUCCCGUCGGAGCAGGACGCGGGCAGCUUCAGUACCCAGCAUAAGGGCAUUGACGUCAUCUCGAUUAUAUAAACAACCCUCCCUGCAUCCGAUUUCUACUAUUAUUUACUUAACCAUGUGCAUGCUUGCGUGCGCGUGUGCCUGUGUGUUUGUAUGUGUGAAUUUGUGUCUGGAGGUGGAAAUCGUCGAGUAAUUUGUUCACGAGUCUUAAGGAGUGUGUUUAUAUAUUUGAAUGUGUGUAUGUGUGUGUGUGUGUGUGUGUGUGUGUGUGUGUGUGUGUGUGUGUGUGUGUGUGUGAGAGAGAGAGAGAGAGAGAGAGAGAGAGAGAGCGUGCACCGGUUAUUGAUUCGUUAUUUGUGCAUAUCUGCGGUAUUUGUGCAUAUUCGUGCCACGUGUGCACCGGUUAUUGAUUCGUUAUUUGUGCAUAUCUGCGGUAUUUGUGCAUAUUCGUGCCACGUGUGCACCGGUUAUUGAUUCAUUUCUGUUUGAUGAGAUUGUCUAUUUUCUAGCACACGUGUUUUGGCAAUUGGAGGGGGACUUGUGCUGGAGGCGGAGAGUGAAGGGUACUGUCGAACCCUGCCGGUAUUUUUUGUGUGCGACAUGACAUUGUGCAGAUGGUCGAUGAACUAGUGACGGCUUUGUGUGAGAACUGUGAAAUUAUUCGUGAUUGUCCAAGGAGGAGGCUGAUCGCUGGCUAUGUGUGAGAACUGUGAAAUCAUUCCUGAUUGUCCAAGGAGGAGUCUGAUCGCUGGCUAUGUGUGAGAACUGUGAAAUUAUUCCUGAUUGUCUAAGGAGGAGGCUGAUCGCUGCUGCACGGUCCGGCUAUUCGGGAUUUUCUGACGAUGGUGGUAAUUGUUGUUCCCUCGAUCUAACCACGGUUUCAAUUGUUGUUCCCUCGAUCCAACGACGGUUUCAAUUCAGAGUCAGAUUCAGUUGCAGACGGAGUCAGCUCCUCUCUGACGUGAGGAGCUGGCGAUGUCAGGUGCACGUCGGCAUGAACCAUUUAAUGUUUGCGGAAAAUAUGAGGGAGGGAGAAGAGAACGGAGUAGAGAGGGAAGGAGGGUGGGAGGAAGAAAUGCUUCUCGACACAGUAGAGGUAGGGAAUGCCCCAGAGUUUGCGAAGUUAGCGCUCCUCUGUUCAGUGUUUUUGAUAUGAUGACUCGCGAAUUCAACUACGGUCUAUCUACCGUAGUCUUUUUGAUACGGCGUGACACAUUCUGACACGUGUUCUGACACGUUUACACACUAACAUGGGUUUCAAUAGGGUUGGUGGUCAAUUAGGGACGUCGAUCGAAAUCGAUCCUGUUUGAAAUCCACGGAACAAAAUGAAAGAGCACGAGAAAUCGACAUAGUACGAGAGGUUAGUACGAAACAAUGAGAGAGUAGAAGAGAAAUCGAAAGUUGGGUGGUUUUGAUCUUUGCGCUGUUCAAUGGGAUACGUACAGAGAUUCGAUCUUGCGACAGAUAAAUCGAUCGGAAGGGAGGACAGACAUAUGUAGAGACUCGAUUCAGUGGGUUGGAUCUGUCAAGUUUCUGUCGACUCUGGGGUUAUCUGGGGUCAUCGUCGAAAGGCAGUGCUGAUCGAUCGGAUGAGCUUGUGGGAUACGUAAAGAGAGAGAGAGAGAUUCGGACUUGAGACUAUGUAAUCAGAGCAUUGCUUGUUCGAAUCCACGACCAGUGGGGUGGAUCUGUCAAUUUUCUGUCGACUGGUCGUCUGGUGUUAUCUUCCAAAUUCAGUGUCCCGCACAACGACGCAUGGCACACAGGAUAUGUCUGCCAUUACCUAAGCUUGUAAGUAGGGGAGUUGGAAUGAUGACCAUUCCUCUCAUUCGUGAAGGACAAGAGGACCCGUCGACGAAGAUCUUAGUUAAGGGCGAUAAUGCUGAUGAGGAAGGGGUGAGUGUUUCUGCCGAACAAAAGAAAUGAGGAGGU